AAAUCAGUUAUUCAAGAAUCAGAAGCAAGAUGGCUGAUCGCCACAUUGAUUGUAAUUAUAGUGCACCACAUACCACGAAACGUAACCUCUAAUAGUGUAGUAUAGUGAUAAACAGUUACUAUUACUAUUAUACUCGACUUAAAUACUAUAAAAAACGCGUAAAUUAUCCCGAAAAGUAGUUCCGUAAAUUUCGUUCUUUAUAUUCUCGUCUGUACAAAAUGGCGUCGUUGCUUAAUUUUGUCGUGUACCACAAUGUAAAAGUUCGAAUUCAUACGUAAUUAAUAAUUAUUUACCAAAUUUUCGGAUAUGUAACGAUAUCCGUACAUCUUAGCAUUAAUUAUAAAUAUUGUAUUAUAAUUUUUAAACAUAGCAAAUCACAAAAAAUCGCCCUGAAGCAGUCGUAGAAUGCGAGAGACCAGUGAACUAUCCGAGUUCGAACAUUCCGGUUCUGGCAGUGAUAAUGAAAGCAAAAGUGAUUCUACGUCGAAUAACUCCGGUUCGGACAGUGAUUCGAGCUCGUCCUCAUCUAGCAGCUCCGGUUCUAGCGGUUCAAACAAGGAAGAUAAAACGUCGCCGGCCCCCAGCAGUCCAACUACCUCUUACUCGAACGCGUCCCCCGAAACCAAAUUUAAGAGAAGCAGUACAAAUAGUAAUAAAGAGUGGGAUGACGGUUCCGACUUGUAUUACGAUGGCAUACGAAGAUCUUCACGAUCACGAAAGGAACCAGAAAGGCUUCAGUUUUCGGAAAGUGAAUCUGGUGACAAACCGAAGCACUCUAAAAGCAAAAGUGAUAACUGGAAAUACAACGACGACGACAGCUCCUCGGAAUCGGACGAGGAGAAGGAGAGACCUCCACCUAGCAAGCGCGUAGGGGUGAAGCGUUUUGUCCCGAAGCGUAAUAAUCAUAAGUCGCAAUAUAGUUCCGAAGACUCUAGUAUAGACAGUGACGACGAUAAUAAACGAUCUCAUUCUAAAAGAAAAAUGGCUACGGUUAGUUAUAAAGAAGCAAGCGAAGAUGAGAAGACAGACUCGGAAGAUCUGUUGGAAGUCGAGUACACCGAACCGGUCGAAGUUGUACCUGAAGAGAAGUGCGAGACGAUCGAGAGGAUAUUGGGACAGAGGCGCGGGAAACGAGGAGUGACUGGUAACGCGACGACGAUCUACGCGGUCGAGGAGAACGGCGACCCGAAUAGUGGCGUCGACGUUAACGACUACGAGAACACGGAACUGCAGUACCUCAUCAAAUGGAAAGACUGGGCGCACAUUCACAACACUUGGGAGUCGGAGUUCUCCCUAAAGGAACAGAAGGCGAAGGGACUUAAGAAGUUGGAGAACUUCAUCAAAAAAGAAAUCGAAAUCGAUCACUGGAGGCGGCACGCCACCCCCGAAGAUAUCGAAUACUACGAGUGUCAGAUGGAGCUGCAGCUUGAACUACUCAAAAGUUACAGCUAUGUCGAACGUAUCACUGCAAAAUGUUGUAAGCCCGAAGGAGGCACGGACCUUUACAUAAAAUGGGAAAGCUUGCCAUACGCGGACGCGACUUGGGAAGAUUUGGGUUUAAUUAGCAAGAAAUGGCCGAAAAAGAUCGAGGAGUUUCGGGAGCGCGAAGAGUCGAAACGCACCCCGUCGCGACAUUGCAAAGCUUUAAAGUAUCGACCUAAAUUUCACGAGGUUAAAGAGCAGCCUUCGUACAUGAUGGGCGUAGACGGGUUGCUGGUUCUUCGCGAUUACCAAAUGGACGGCCUAAAUUGGCUGAUUCACUCGUGGUCCAAGGAGAAUUCUGUGAUAUUGGCGGAUGAAAUGGGUCUUGGUAAAACUAUACAGACAAUUUGCUUUUUGUACUACCUGUUUCAUACGCACCAACUGUAUGGGCCAUUUUUGUGCGUUGUUCCGUUAUCGACGAUGACUUCGUGGCAACGAGAAUUUUCACAAUGGGCACCGGAAAUGAACAUCGUUACUUAUUUAGGAGACAUUACGUCGCGAAAUAUUAUUAGGCAAUACGAGUGGUGUUACGACAGUUCGAAACGGCUCAAAUUCAACGCAAUUUUAACCACGUACGAAAUUGUAUUGAAGGAUAAAGCAUUCUUGGGAAGCCUUAGUUGGGCGGUGCUACUGGUUGACGAAGCACAUAGGUUAAAAAAUGACGAUUCUUUACUUUAUAAAGCAUUAAUGGACUUUGACACAAAUCACAGAUUGUUAAUAACCGGUACACCGCUUCAGAACAGUCUUAAAGAAUUAUGGGCUUUACUGCAUUUUAUAAUGCCAAAUAAAUUUCAGACAUGGGAAGAAUUUGAGAAAGAGCACGAUAACGCCGCCCAGAAAGGUUAUGGUAAAUUGCAUAGACAACUGGAACCUUUUAUCUUGCGGCGAGUUAAAAAAGACGUAGAGAAGUCAUUGCCGGCUAAGGUAGAACAAAUUUUGAGAGUUGAAAUGACUUCGAUACAGAAACAGUAUUAUAAGUGGAUACUUACGAAAAAUUACAACGCCUUGAGGAAAGGCGUGAAGGGUUCGACAACCACUUUUUUAAACAUUGUGAUAGAAUUGAAAAAAUGUUGUAAUCAUUCUAUGUUAACCAAACCUACUGAAUAUGAAAGUCAGUUGUCACAUGAAGAUCAUUUACAACAAUUGCUCCGUGGAUCUGGAAAGUUAGUCCUACUCGAUAAGUUAUUAAUUCGUUUACGUGAAACUGGUCAUAGAGUGUUAAUAUUCUCGCAAAUGGUUCGCAUGUUGGACAUUUUAGGAGAGUACUUGCAGUUACGGCAUUUCCCAUUCCAACGGUUAGAUGGCGGUAUCAAGGGGGAAUUACGAAAACAAGCCUUAGACCAUUUUAACGCCGAAGGAUCUCAAGAUUUCUGCUUCCUGUUGUCGACGCGCGCCGGCGGUUUAGGCAUCAAUUUGGCGACCGCCGAUACGGUCAUCAUUUUCGAUUCCGACUGGAAUCCGCAGAACGACUUGCAAGCUCAAGCCAGAGCUCACAGAAUUGGACAAAAGAAUCAAGUGAAUAUCUACAGGCUGGUCACGGCGCGUUCCGUCGAAGAGGAAAUCGUGGAGCGCGCCAAACAGAAAAUGGUACUCGAUCAUUUGGUCAUUCAACGUAUGGAUACGACGGGAAGAACAGUAUUAGACAAAAAGGGUUCGACCAACACCACCCCGUUCAAUAAAGAGGAUCUCAAUGCCAUUCUCAAGUUUGGGGCUGAGGAACUUUUUAAAGAUGAUGACGAUGAUGACGAGGAGCCUAAGUGUGAUAUUGAUGAAAUUUUACAAAGAGCGGAAACAAGAGAUGAAGGUCCAAGUAUGGUAGGUGACGAACUACUGUCUGCAUUUAAAGUUGCGAGUUUCGCCGCUUUCGACGAAGACAACGAGCCGUCUCCCGUGGUGCCGACCGCCGAGGACGAAAGUAAAGACUGGGACGACAUUAUACCCGAGCGGCUAAGGAAGAAAGUGGAGGAAGAGGAGAAGAGUAAGGAGAUGGAAGAUCUCUACCUUCCUCCGAGAUCUCGUAAAACUCUACAACAGAUUAAUCAAUCCGAAAGUGACGGCGAGGGUGGUAGAAAGAAGAGGAAGCACACGGAAGAGAGCGGUAGCAGUGGCGCCGAAGGCGACGAAAGUGACGACGAGAGGCCCAGAAAGAGAGGUCGGCCGCCUUUAGCCAAUAGAGAACGCAUUAAAAAUUUCACGGACGUCGAAAUACGAAAAUUUGUAAAAAGCUACAAGAAAUUCAGCAACCCGCUCAAACGCUUAGAGGCAGUGGCGUGCGAUGCAGAAUUACAAGAAAAGCCCUUGGCAGAGUUAAAGAAACUAGGGGAGCUUCUGCACGAAAGAUGUCGAGCUUUUAUGGGCGAGCACACGAAGGAAAACGACAACGCGCAUCUGGAAGAAGGCGGCACCAGAGGGCGUAAGCGCAUACGCGGCCCAUCUUUCAAACUGGGCGGUGUCUCUGUAAACGCGAAAACAAUGAUGGCCUGCGAGGAGGAAUUGGAGCCUCUAGACGAAGUCAUACCUGAAAGCAGCGAGGAACGAAAUAAAUGGCUUUUCGAAGGGAAGACGAAACCAUCUCACUUUGACUUCGAAUGGGAGGCAUUAGAAGACUCGAAACUUCUAUUGGGAAUUCAUCAAUACGGAAUGGGGUCGUGGGAACAAAUUAAAAUGGAUCCCUCACUGGGGAUCGGUGAUAAAAUAUUGUCUAACGACGAUAAAAAACCUCAGGCUAAACACUUACAGCAAAGAGCCGAGUACUUACUUAAAAUAUUGAAGAAACAGUUAGAUUUGAAGAAAGGAGUGAGCAAACCGAAACGACAAAGAAAACCCCGUGAAAACAAAGAAAACAAAGCUUUAACCAAGGAGAUCGUCGAGCACGACGAUAUCAGCUCCAACGAAGAUGCGUCCACUAUUGCUACUCAAGCGAAUUCUUCGAAGAAACCGAUGAAGAAAGAAGAUAACGACGACAUUCCCAGUUCACUCAAGAGCGAGAGGAAGGAAAAGAAGAAGUACAAGAAAGAGAAGAAAAACUCGGGCCCUAUGCAUUUUACCGCGAACAACGAACCGAGGGCGUUGGAUGUUUUAGGCGAUCUUGACCCAUCCAUCUUUUAUGAGUGUAAAGAAAAAAUGCGACCAGUUAAGAAAGCAUUGAAGGCAUUAGAUAAUCCCGAUCAGUCAUUAUCAGAAUCGGAACAAGUCAAUCACACUCGUCUAUGUCUAUUGCAAAUAGGCGAGCAAAUAAACACUUGCCUGAGCGAAUAUAGCGAUCCCGAAAAAAUAAAGGAAUGGAGAAGUAACCUAUGGUAUUUUGUUUCGAAAUUUACGGAAUUUGACGCGAAGAAAUUAUACAAACUCUACAAGCGCGCAUGUAAGAAGAACGAAAAACCAGACAAGAAGAGGGAAGAGGGAAAGCAGAGCGCAAAUGCGAACAAAAACAGAAAAGAUGAAAGUGAAAAACAAAACAACAAAAGAAGACACGAAGAUGAAAGCGAUCGUGAUCUGGAUAAGGAUUCCAAAUCGCAUUCUGAAAAAAAAGAAAAACGCGAACGCAACACAGAUAAAGAACGAAGUAAGAAAACUCGCGAUGACACUUCCGACGAAAGCCACGACUGGUCAAAAUAUUCUCAUAGAAAUAAAAAAUCUAUGCCUCCCCAAAGAAACAACUUCUGGGGUAACCAUGAACAAUUUGAGCGCGGUGGUCACAGUGAUGUGGAACGGUGGAGUAAUAAUCAAUCUCGUGAUAGGUUUAGUAGUGAUCAUAAAAGAGAUAGGUUUGAUUAUCAAAGGCUGCCCGGCUAUCAUCGUGAAAGAGACCAUGCAAGGCCAGUAGAUAAACGUGUACCAGCUAUUAAAGAGGAGUGGCGACAAUACCCGAGGAGUGGUCGAGAUACAGUCGCAGGUUUAAACUCGCGACCCAUGUACAAUGCUCACUACGGCCCGAACUUUGGUCCAACUUCUGCAAUGUAUCCCCCAAACGAUCAGCCAUUUCCCAGGGACCGAUACUCACCCGGCGAAUGGCGACCACCCGAAAGAGACUACCGUCGUGAAUAUGAUCGGCGUCAACAGUAAUUUAAUGAAAACCCGUUAUUUACGCAGUGUUAGUGAUUUCGAUGCGGUUAAGAAUUUGGAAAAUUAUUUCAAAAAUUUGAUUUCCUUAUUUAUAUAAUCAAAAUUUUGUUAUACCUAAUGUUUUUGAAAUUUUUUUGAUAAUUUUUCAAAUUUUUAACCAACGUCCGCAUUUCAUUACCAAAAUUUUUAUAGUUAUGUAUGUAUAUAUAUACAUCCAUACUUAAGAAUCUAUGCAUGUGUGUGUGCAUAUAGUUGAAUUUGUUCAAUUCAAACCAGACUGGAAAGAUUAAAUGUAUUGUGAAAAUGUAAUUCUCACAUUGGUGUAUAUAAUUAUACAGCUAUCUUUUGAUAUA